UGAUAGCAGUAAGUUUGUAAAUCUAGUAAUGGCCGGCAUUCUAAUAUUAGUUUUGCCUCCUCUUGGCUCGUAUCCUUCACGGCAGUUGGGGCGGUGGCUUAUAAUCCCGAUCUCGCCAACUUGUCAAUCAUCUUCUAAACACCGCACGAUCCCACAACCUAUCAUGUGCCAUCAGGUUUAGGCCUAUACGACAACGAGGCUGAGGAUCAGACGCGCCUAAGUUUCCACCAGGGACACCUCACUCUGAUCAUCUCCUAAGAUGAAAGGACUGGAAUUACUCGCAAAGGCUCGUUGGUCAGAAACCGCCUCCACCCCAGACACGUCAGGCCUCGCCACAUUCACACCCUUCCCCCGCCUCCCCACCGAGCUCCGCACCGCCAUCUGGCGCGCCUCCCUACCAUGUGACCUCCAUAUCGCUGAAGUUCGCAUCUGCAACAAGAGCAUCGCACCCCAUCUCCCCGCCCACACGAUCUUCAGCGUCAACCGCGAGUCCCGCGCCGAAGCAUUCCGGGUCCUGCUAAACGCCCUGCCACCGUACAGGCUGCCCGCCGACCCGCAACAAGAUAUCAUCUUCCUCGACCCCGGAAAUUGGAAUGACCUAUCCCACAUGUCUGUCGGCAAGGCACCUAUACGUGCCGCUGUUUGCGAUAUCGACCGUGCCCACCGCUUCAUCGCUACGGCGAUGGUGGAUACCGACGGAGGCCGGUUCGAUAGCCUGCCAGUCGACAUGCGGUUCUACUCGCCGUAUGGCCACAACAAUUUACCUGCGGGCCCGCGAGACUUUCAAGUUAGGCCGUUGAGGAUGGAUUUUGUUUGUGUUGCGAGAAAGGUGGGGACGGGGAGGAGGGGGUUGGGAGGGGGGUUCUACCUGAACAGUGCGGAUGGUGAGGAUGGGGUGGUGGGGCUGGGUGGUAGGAAGGAUCAGGGGUCGAAGAAGCCUGCUUUGCGAAUUGUGUAUGUGUUGUAGUGAAAUGUUUGGGUGGUAUAUGAGAUUACUUUGGGGACCAGGCGGGGGGGGCGCUGCAAUUUAAGUGUGCUCAUUCUUUAUUUGUUGGCUUUGGCAAUCUAUUUUGCACGCCUAUCCAUGGGCAAGGUAUCAUUUAGUUUGCAAAGCAUCUUUUUGGAUGGAAGAACGGCGGGAGAUGGUAAUUAGCAGGUAGCUUUCUAAGACGUAAUCGGGACGGGCUUAUAUUUCAUGGGUACACAAGAGAUGGUGCAUUAGACCAGAUAAACGUUGGAUUUCGAAAAUAUAGCUAUAUAUCUCUAU